CAGGUGCUCUCCGAAAUAGCCGGAAGAACCACUGUGAAAAAACCCCAAAAUCCAAAAUCCUACCUUCCAGAAAGAAACAAAUAACUUCCAGGAACAUAACCACGAAUGUUCCAUUGAUAUCCCGCCACUUUUCUUUAUAUGACGUGCACUGCUUGGCGUGUAAAGGAGGCAUAUCUUUAGGCCACUAAAAGACAAGCAAAAGAAGCCCCUUCGGAAGCGUGCAGUUGCUAUGGGAACCGCCGGCCAAGUGCUUGCUGCUUGCCUACCCUGUAUGUGACAGAUGAUAGGAGUGGCUGGCUUCUUCAUAGCAGGUGAUUACAUUUUUAUGAAGUGUUGAAGCCCCAAUGGAAGACACUAAGUAUAUCUCAUUGAUAAAGAAGGAGGAGGAGGAGGAGGAGGAGGAGGGGGCAGUAUACAUUCCUUCAAAGAUUUUGCAUCCUCAAGUGCUGGCAAUGACAGGAGCUCCUCCUCCUGGUGUUAAUGUUCCUGAUGAACCUGAAGCAAUACUCCCACCUGGAGAAUUACCAGUCAUCCAGGAAAUAAUUGAUACACUCCCUCUUCUGGAUGUUCUGAGGAUUUCUGCAGUUCUGGAGGAUACCGUUGACCAGCUUUCAAUCCUAAACUAUAUCAUGCCAGUUCCAUUUGAAAGGAAGACAGAUAGCAUCCAUAUAUCAAGCAAAGAAAUGAACGUGGUUAAACAAAGCCUAGACCGAUUGCAAACAUAUAUCAUGAAACAGAGAAAAUCUGGCUCAAUGGCAGAAUUAGGAGGAAACAAGUUGAUGCAUCACGUCCUGACUGAAAAUUGUGAAGACAAAAUGGAAGAUUUCAUUUCUAAAAGACCUGUAAGGCAAACCAUCCUAACUUUAGAAAAUCUCAGGAAAGUUCAAUUUGAUAGAGAGUAUGCCAGCAAAAUACUCAUGGAAACUGUAAACGAGAUGCAGGAAUUGGGAACAUUCAGCAGUCUUCUGAAAGCUUUGGACAAAGAGAAGGAAAAAAAAGCAAAUUUCUGCAAAGUCAUUGCCAGGGAAGAAAACAUGAGAAAACAGAUAAAAUCUCUCCAGAAAGAGCUUCAGGAUGUCAAAAAUGAGCGGCAAGUAGAAGCACAGGCACGGAAUGAAUAUAUCGCAAAUCUCAAGGACCAGCUGCAAGAGUUGAAGGCAAAGACUAAUAUGGAGAGCCGAUAUGUGAAGAAAAACACCGACCUGCAGAUUGCUCAGACCCAAAAAAAAUGCAACAAAAAUGAAGAGGUCUUACUGGAAGAGAUUGACAAACUGAGACUUAAAAUUGAUGAAGAGGUUCGGGUCCACCUAGAAAUUGAAAGCUUCCUCAAGAAAGAACAACAGAAACUGGAAGAGAAAUUAGAGUACUGGAUGGAGAAGUAUGAUAAAGACACAGAAAUGAAACAGAAUGAACUGAAUAGUCUUAAGUCUGCAAAGGCCAGUGACUUGGCGACCUUGCAGGAUCUUGCAAAACAGUUAAGGGAGUUUGAGCAAGUCAUUAUUGAAGAUCGUCUAGAAAAGGAGAAAGCCAGGAAGAAGAUAGACCAAGAUGCCUUGGAACUGAAGAGCAUCAUAAAGCUUCAGGCCUGGUGGAGAGGCACCAUGGUACGGAGAGAACUGGGCAAUUUCAGGAUGCCUAAGAAGGACAAAGAUGAUGGCAAGGGGGCGAAAGGCAAAGGGAAGAAGCAACAACGGCAGAAGAGAAGAUGAUGGUGCUUUUUCUGGCUCCUUUUCUCUUCUUCUUUCAGGGGGUUGGGCAGUAGAAAGGAGGGGUUACAAGGGGUGAAAACCUUGCCAGCUGGAUGUUAUUUUUUAUGUAAAUAACCUUUUGGGGAGGGCCAGGACCGACCCGGGGUCCUUGAUGACCUCACGUUGUUCUUUUGAAAUUAAGUCCUGAAACCAGAUGAUUUAUUUUAGGACAAAGUUUGGAUUUCUCUGUCGAUUUAGUGCCUUCUGUAAUCUGACCUUGUAUUGAGAAGGACCUUUUCCAGGGGCUCCAGGAAGACUUCUUUCUCUUUUGACACCAGUACAACUAGAACAAACAAUUUCUGUGCCCAUUUACAGCAAAAUUGUUUAAUGAUGAUGCACUGAAAGUACUGGAGUUAAUAUUGUGUCCGUGUCUAAUUUUAUUCCAACUCACUUAUAGUGAAGAAAAAUUCUUUCAGUAGUUUAACCUAGCAAUACAUAACAACAAUGAAUUUAGGGGAUAAAACUCACAGCCCACAGAUACGUAUAUUUAGUCUUCUUGUCUAUGUGGUAUAGUGUGUAUUUCAGUAUCUUUCUGUUAAAUCACCCUUCUCCUAGUUCUCCUUCCCCAGAAGCUUCCUCCACUGAAGCUUGUUUCAUGGUUCCUCCUUUUUCUGUCUUUGCUCCCUGAACUUCUUUCCCCAAAGGGUGACAACCCCUCAAGAGCACUAUCAAGCUCCCUCACACUGUGCUCAUGGGGGCCAUCUCAACGGUCUCCACUCUUGCUCUUGUCCUUCCCAGAGAUGAAGCAUAUCUGCUGUGGUCAAAUGCAUCCUCUCCCUCUUCCCGCCAAGAGCUACCAGGGGUGUUCUUCAGAGAGAUGAUGAUGUUGAAAGUACAUCGUCACAUUGGGUCAGUCCGGCCUAUGCCCUCUACACUGACUGAUCUGGGUCUUCUGCUGGCUGGACAGAAGUGGGCAGCAUGGUAUCGCCCCAAGGCAAAUAAAGGAGUUGGGAAAUGGGAGUUUAUAAAGUGCAGUUAUCAUAGUGUGUUCUGAUAGGGUCUCUAAUUCUGGAAAAUAGAGUGGAUUAUUUUAUGGUUGAGGAGAAAGCUGGGGCCUGGUAUAGAGUAGUGAGUGGUUAAUAUUUUGCACAGGACCCUUUCUGAUGUUAAGGUCAUUUCCCUCAUACUUACCCCACCUAUAGGCUUCUUUUUUCUUUGCCAUUGGUUGGCAAGUGGUUACUCUCUAUCCCAUUUCUAUACACCAUAAUCCUUCCCACCCAUCCCAUCCCCAGCCCCAUCAUCUAACCCUUAACUGCUUACCUAGAAAACUGUUAGUAGUUUCCCAGAGGGAAGUUUGAAAAUCAUUACUAACCUCUGGAAGGUUAAUGGAGAA